GAUGAUGCAAAUCCAAAUGAGUUUGGUUCAAAUGGAGGAAAAAGACCCUAUACCUUAUUUUAGGGGCACUCAGGACCAGUUUAUUCAGCUUCUUUUAGUCCUAUGGGAGAUUUUAUACUUUCCUCUUCAGCCGAUUCAACAAUUCGGUUAUGGAGCACUGAACUAAAUGCAAAUCUUGUUUGCUACAAGGGUCAUAAUUACCCAGUAUGGGAUGUACAGUAUAGUCCUGUAGGACACUAUUUCGCUAGUGCAUCACACGACCGGACAGCAAGGAUAUGGUCUAUGGAAAGAAUACAACCUUUGCGAAUAAUGGCAUGGCAUUUAUCUGAUGUUGAUAUAACAAGGGAUACUAGUGGAGUUCCUAAGGUUCUUACAAGGUUAGACGCAUCCUCAUCACCCUUGGCUGACACCAUGACAUAA